AAUUGCCUUUGCUCUCAAAACAUGUACCGCAUAAUUGAGUAAAAAUAUGUUUCCAAACAUGUUAUGUGGAGCAUGCAAAUCGCAUAAUCGAAGAAAUCUGAAGAUGAACAUGAAAUCUUUGGAACCAAUGUCACAUGUUCGAUUUAAGGACUCCACCUCAUUCAAUUUGGAUCCUGAUAACAUCUUCAUUGGUGACAUUCCAUUGAAACCGAACAAGACCUUCAAUAGAAACAAAGGAGGAAUCAGGAAGAUGACCAACAAAGUUCCCAAUUUCUCCGAUCUCAUCCACCGUGUCACCGCCUCCUGCAUGCUCCACCCACUCGGUUCCGGCACCAACUUCUCCGACAACAAUUCCGACUACCACGACGGAGAGGACAAUUACGAACAACAAGAAGACAAUUACAACACCACCGACAGAAACGAAGAAGAAGAAGAAGACGAGUAUUUACAAUCUCCCGUAGCGGAGGCGGCGGAGGAGCGAGGCGGUUACAGAACAACGAGAGAGACAGAAAUGAUGACGUUGAUCAGCGAAGUGUUUGAAACGGUGUCGUCUAUGAAAAAGGCGUAUGUUAGUCUACAACAAGCGCAUUGUCCUUGGGAUGUUGAAAAGAUUCGGUUAUCCGACGCGGCAGUUGUUGGGGAAAUGAGAAGAUUAGCGGUUUUAAGAGAGAGUUUCCGGCGGAUUUUCAGUGGUGGAUCGGAGGACGCCGGAAGAAACCAGACGGUGUCGGCGGCCAUCCUCCGGGAGGUGGUGGCGCCGUACGAAGCCGCACUAGAGAAAAUGAAUACCGAGAUAAUUAACAAACAAGCCGAAGUUGAUAAUUUACGACAAAAACUGAAGGGGAAUGCCAGGGAAUACCAAACAACAUGUGGUAGAAAAAGUAGUCAUCAAUCAAGAAGAAGAGUAAGCUGCAGUAGCCAGUUUCAACGUCCCUCAGUCUCACUUGAGUCAACAGCUAUUCCUGAAUUGUUUGAAGCAUGUAUGAGCUCCGUUAAAGAAGGUUCCAGAACCUUCUCGUUACUACUUCUAUCGUUAAUGAAAGCUGCACAUUGGGACAUCAAGGCAACUGUUAAAUCCAUCAUAACCACUUCUUCAACCACAAACGUGGCCAUAACAGACUCUGUUAUCGGUCCAAACCAUGCAAAGUACUCGAUCGAAUCGUUUGUAAACCGGAAGUUUUUCCAGGGGUUUGAUCACGAGACGUUUUGUAUAGACGGGUGUCUGUCGUCGAUUCUAAACCCGAACCAGUUUCGAAUGGAGUGUUUCACGCAGUAUUCGGAUAUGAAGUCAAUGGACCCGAUGGAGCUUCUUGGGAUGAUGCCGACGAGUCAGUUUGGAAAGUUUUGUUCGAACAAAUAUCUUUCGAUUGUGCAUCCGAAGAUGGAGGAAUCUUUGUUUGGAGAUUUGGAGCAGCGAAGACAGGUGUUGGCUGGAAACCACCCGAGGAGCCGGUUUUAUGGGGAGUUUUUGAAUGUGGCAAAGGCGGUGUGGCUUCUACAUUUGGUUGCGUUUUCUUUGGAUCCGCUGCCAAGUCAUUUUGAAGGGAGUAGAGGGGCGGAGUUUCACCCCGAGUAUAUGGAGAGUGUGGUGAGGCAUCCCGGAGGGAGGGUGCGGGUGGUUGGGUUUCCGGUGAGUCCAGGGUUUAAGCUUGGGAAUGGAUAUGUGGUGAAAGCUAGGGUGUAUCUUGUUCCUAAGAGUGAAGUGUAAGGAAACAACAAAACCGUACCUGUUAAAUCCCACAAAUAGCAUGAAUGUUAUGUAGCAUGUAAUCUAGAUGCUAUAGAAAUUAAGACUUGUGAAGUUUGAGAAUUGAGGAAAGGAUAUAGAAAUAUUUUGUUGCAUGUAACAAAUAAUAUCCCCUCUUACAUUUAUUAUAUGAUUAUUUAAAUUAG